AUGCCCACAGGCCCCCGCCCUGCAGGGAAGAGCAUCCCCGCCUCUCGAGGCUCUGGCACCACGACCCCUGUUACCUCAAUGGCUUCAGUAAUCCGAGUCUUUAAGGGGGAGGGUCUUGGCCACGCUGCCGAACUGGCGUUCACUGUGGAACCGAGCGAUGAUGUUGCCGUGCCAGGGCAGCCCAUGGUGCUGGGCUGCAAGGUCCAGGGGACCCCUCCAGUGCGAAUUACUUGGAGGAAGAAUGGGGUGGAGCUGCCAGAAAGCAGCCACUCCACCCUGCUGACCAAUGGGUCCUUGGUGAUCCGACACUUCCGGCUGGAUCAGGGAGGCAGCCCUUCAGAUGAGGGUGACUACGAGUGUGUGGCUCAGAACCGCUUUGGGCUGGUGAUCAGCCGGAAGGCUCGCAUCCAGGCUGCAACCAUGUCCGACUUCCAUGUGCAUCCCCAAGCCGCUGUAGGCGAGGAGGGCGGCGUGGCCCGCUUCCAGUGCCAAAUCCAUGGGCUUCCCAAACCCCUGAUCACCUGGGAGAAGAACCGUGUCCCCAUUGACACAGACAACGAGCGGUAUACGCUGCUGCCCAAGGGGGUCCUGCAGAUCACAGGGCUGCGGUCCGAGGACAGCGGGGUCUUCCACUGUGUGGCCUCCAACACCGCCAGCGUACGAGUCAGCCACGGCGCCAGGCUCACCGUGUCAGGCUCCGGCUCCGGGGCCUAUGAGGAGCCGGCCAUCCUCGUGGGGCCUGAGAACCUCACCCUGACCGUGCACCAGACAGCUGUGCUGGAGUGUGUCGCCACGGGCAACCCGCGCCCCAUUGUGUCCUGGAGCCGCCUGGAUGGCCGCCCCAUCGGCGUGGAGGGCAUCCAGGUGCUGGGCACAGGCAACCUCAUCAUCUCGGACGUGACGGUCCAGCACUCGGGGGUGUACGUCUGUGCAGCCAACAGACCUGGGACCCGGGUGAGGAGGACCGCACAGGGCCGCCUGGUGGUACAAGCCCCUGCAGAAUUCAUCCAGCACCCCCAAUCCAUCUCAAGGCCCGUGGGGACCACAGCCAUAUUCACCUGCCAGGCUCAGGGUGAGCCACCCCCUCAUGUCACAUGGUUGAAGAAUGGGCAGGUGCUGGGGCCAGGAGGCCAUGUCAGGCUCAAGAAUAACAACAGCACACUGACCAUUUCUGGGAUCGGCCCUGAGGAUGAGGCCAUCUACCAGUGCGUGGCUGAGAACAGCGCCGGCUCCUCCCAGGCCAGUGCCAGGCUGACCGUGCUGUGGGCCGAGGGGCUGCCCGGGCCUCCCCGCAAUGUGCAGGCAGUCUCCGUGUCUUCCACGGAGGUCCGCGUAUCCUGGAGUGAACCCCUGGUCAACACCAAGGAGAUCAUCGGCUACGUGCUGCACAUCAGGAAGGCUGCUGACCCCCCAGAGCUGGAGUACCAGGAAGCAGUCAGCAAGAGCACCUUUCAGCACCUGGUCAGCGACCUGGAGCCCUGCACAGCCUACAGCUUCUCCAUCAAGGCCUACACGCCCAGCGGGGCCAGCUCCGCUUCCGUCCCCACCCUGGCCAGCACCCCGGGCGAAGCCCCUGCCCCACCACCGCUGUCAGUGAGGGUCCUGGGCAGCUCCUCCCUGCAGCUGCUCUGGGAGCCCUGGCCCCGCCUGGCCCAGUAUGAAGGCGGCUUCAAGCUGUUUUACCGCCCAGCGAGCAAGGCCACCUUCACAGGCCCAAUCCUGCUGCCCGGGACGGUCUCCUCCUACAACCUCAGCCAGCUCGACCCCACUGUGGUGUAUGAGGUCAAGCUGCUCGCCUACAACCAGCACGGGGAUGGCAAUGCCACCAUUCGGUUCGUGUCUUUGAGGGGAGCGUCGGAGAGGACAGCCCUGAACCCACCAUGUGACUGCCGGAAGGAGGAGGCUGCCAACCAGACUUCCACUGUGGGCAUCAUCGUCGGCGUCCACGCGGGGGUCGCCUGCAUUGUCUUCUGUGUCCUGUUCCUUCUUCUUGGCCAAAGGGGCAGGGUCCUCUUGUGUAGGGACGCAGAGAACCAGCUCUCCCCUCCUCAGGGCCCCCGAAGCCAGAGGGACCCUGGUGUCCUGACCCUGCAUGGGGCGGGCCAGGGUGAGCGGGGCCAGCCGGGCCGAGGCGAGAAACCCGUGGACAUGAAGGAGCUGGAGCGGCUGUUCCCCGCAGCGGGGGUGGCAGGAAAGCCAGACCCCAGGCCCACAGAUCCCACAGGCUCCACCCCACGUGAGGAGACCCAGCCCUCCAAGCUGUCCCUGCAAGGCCUCAGCCUUCCGGAGGAGACAGCACUGGAAGCCGAGGUCCCCCGAGAAGGCCCCGUGGCUGCCCUGCCAACCCAGGAUGCAGACAGAGGGCUCCUCAGUGAAGGAUAGGGCACCAGGCCUCCCAUGGCCCCAGCCGGCUCGGGACAGUAGCCUGUGUCCGGCCAGCCUGGAGGGAAGGCUGCCCCCCUUCUCAGGUCACAGGCAUGAUUUCCUCUGUCGUGGGGGCUCUCGGUGGCCCUGGAGGACUCCCCGCGUGUUUCUCCUGACUGCCUCUCAGGUUGUCCACUCCUAAGGCAGUCUCAGCAGGGACCCCCGGGAAACUGUAGAGGGGCCUGGCAGAAGCCCCUCCCCUGCCUGGUGCCCACAUGACUUAGAACUGAUGUUUUUCUUAAAAAACAACUUUAAAGUUAAGGGAGAGAGAGAAGAGAGAGGAAGGUGUAUUAGACUCCCAGGGCCCUGCAGUGACUGGGUCCUGACACUGGCAGCCUCCACCGACCUUGUUUCCUCAGGAUGGUGUUUGCUCUUUUCGCUCUCCGCACCUACCUCAGCCGGAAUGAAUGUCCUUGGGGUGGGGGGUGGAGGAUGCAGUCUCAGCCUCCCCCCAUCCCACAGAGCCCCAAAUGCACUCCUACCUCAAGCCCCCUAUGGGCAUCCUUCCCUCCUUCCCCACAUUGUUGUCCAGAAGAUGGAAAAAAAAAACAAAAAAAAAAACCUUCCCAGAUCCAGGUGUGAAAGCAAGACUUCUACCUCAAGGCUCACUGCUCAGUGGACCUGUGUUGUGUCACUGGACCCUUUGUGCCGCCUGCGGGCAGCCCCUCCUGCCUCCCCGAGGACAAGCAGGGAUAUGCCGCCAAGAGUGGGUCUCCCAGGGCCUAUAGGAAUACGGUGGAAUUGGUAAAAGAGAAAUUGUGAGCGAGAGAAAAAGCCAAAAACCAGAGGACAUGUGUUCCUCAUAGUGUACAUUGUUGUCCCCAUCCAGCCACUUCCUCACACGCUGCCCCCACUCUGUCUGCUCACUCCUUUUGGGCCCUCUCCUGCCUCCCCCCCAGCAGACAACCCCUUGCCCACCUGGGCCUGGGGAGGGUGGAAGGUCGCCCCCUCCCCAGUCUGCUCCUCCCCUGCCCAGACACGGGGCCCCUGGGCAGCGAGCAGCCUGGCCCCUGGAAUGUAUUGCUUGUGUGAUGGGUGUGUGUGUGCCUGGUGGUCAGGCAGUGUCCCUUGCAAAGGUCUCCCAGGCCGUUGGUUCGUGGGCACCACCUGCGGGGCCCACCCUCUGGGUAGUGAAGGCAGCAGCGUGCAGUCCUGGCUGGAAGCUAUUUUUAUACGCCUUGCGUCUAAGGGUUAUGUUCCGGGACGCUGUUUCUCAUUUCUGUCGUGUUGUCCUUUUAAAUACUUAGUUAAAGAAAAGAAAAGCCAAGGAAACAAAUGCCUAUUUUUGGUUAUACUCAGAAUCAUUUUUUUAAGCAGCAGAAAGGGAAAAAAAGAAGUUUGUUUUUAAGAAGAAAACAGAUAAGGGAUUCCUUACGUAUGAGAUUAGUUGAUAAAGUCCCUGACCCCCAUCCCUUUCGGGACAGCCCGUCCGUCCCCACUUUAGUUCACUAGCUGAAGAAGGUAGAAGUUGUGAUGUUUUCCUAGAGACAGAAGUGGUGUCUGUGUGACCUCCUGGGGGAGGGCAGCCCCUCCCUUCUCUGAAGUGCUGAGGGCAGGCCCCCUCUGCGGCUGCUCUCUGUAACACCCCUUGCCUGGAGCCCUCUCCCUAGGAAAGGGUGGGUCUUGGGGUGGAAGAGUCAGCCGAGCCACCUGACCUGGCUUCGGUUCCUCACAUUCUGCCCGUUUUGACUGAAUAAAAGUCCGUUGCCAAAGUGAA